AUGAGUCAAGGUCGAUCAAUUAUCGACAUUAUUCAAGAUCCAGCUGCACUCGAUGCAUUUCUUCGCUCAUCUGCUAAAUCUUCAUCAAAUUCUACUGGAUCUCAACGUUUGUCAACAAAUGUAACUGAGCAAAAUCGUUUAACAACAACAACUCCAAUUGGUAAUAAUAUUUAUAAUCAAAAUACAACAAAUAAUACCAAUGUACAAAUAACACAAAAUACAUUUAAUUUUAAUACAAAUCCAUCAUUAACAAAUAUUCCACAACAACAACAACAACAACAACAACCGCAGCAGCAGCAGCAACAACAACAGCCACAACAACCACAGCAGCAGCAGCAGCAGUAUCAACAACCACCACAACAAAUAAAUUCUAAUGAAACUGCACGUGUUUUGAAUCAAACUAUUGGUUCACAAACUAAUGUUAAUGUUAUUUUGAAUCAAACAGUUAUUCAACAACAACAACCUACUGUUCAAACGACAACUACAACAAAUCAACAACAAAUGGUUGCUAUUAACAUUAAUGGUAAUCAAACAUUGAUACCACUGAGUAUGUUCACAAAACUUUUACAACAAAAGUAUUCAUCAACACAACAAUCAGCAACUCCUGGAACCACUAUUACUCAACCAAGUACAUCAACACAAAUCAUACAAAAUGGUUCCUCUCAAAAUAGUACUGGAUCUAUUCUUCUCCAAAAUUCUUCAAGUAAUCAACCAUCAGUAGCCACAACACUUCGACUUGUUCGUCCAUCUAAUACACCUACGAGUAGUACAAGUAGUCCAACAUCAAAUUUAAUGAUGAUGACUAGUGGGCAACGUUUAUCAACUCCAAUAUUAUCUAAAUCACAAACCGGUAAUAUAAUACUUCAAGUAACAAAUAAUGAUAAUAUUCAAUCGAAAUUAAUGGAUAAAAAUUCAUCUGUAUCAACGAACAGUGAUCUAACAACCCAAUUAGUAAACGAUCUUCAAGCAAAUGGCAAUGAUGCUGAAAAACAAAUUACCUUAAUUGAUACAUAUUUAUCUCAAAUUCAUUCAUCAACUGAAAAAGAUCGUGAAUUUUGUACACGUAUAAUACGUUAUCGUGAAACUUUAUCACAAUCAGUUGAACAAUCUCGAAUAAGUGGUCAACAUCGGCAACGUUUACUUGAUCAAUCUACAACUCUUAAUACAUUAUCAUCAAAUCCAUCUAUAAAACGUGAAGCAUCAUCAGUAAUAUCAGCAACACUACCACAGGCGACAACAGCAACAACAAUACCGACAACAACAGUAAUACCAACAUCAGCACAACAAAAAUCUAAUGGUACAACACUUAUACAAUUACCACUAGCUAAACAAGAUGAAUUGCUAAAUGCUGUUCUAAAAAAAUUACGUCAUGUUAAUUUACCUGAUUUACAAGCUCAAGGUAUUUUACCAUUGGAAUUGUCAUUUGAACAGAAACUUCAAAUACAAAAAUUAGAUAUGCAAAUAGCAGCAUUACCAAUUGAUAAACAACAACAAUUUGCAAGAGGACAAAGAGAACUAGUACCGAAAUAUUUAGCAAAAAAUGCAGCUAGUGGACUUAAUACAACAUCAACAUUAACUGUGAAUCCUCGAACAAAAAUCUUAUUGGGUGCUCCACCUGGUUCCACAACAGUAUCAACAUUAAAUACUACAAAUGGAAAUAUUACACGUUCUUUACGUAUAUCCAGUGCCGAUUUAAUCGGUCAGCAAUUACGUAAAGAUCAAGCACAUGUAUUAAAACCAGACUUUAAAUCUCGUUUUUUAACACGUGGUGAUGCUAUAAAACGUUUAACACGUUAUCAUGUAUUUACUAAACCAGCACCACCAAUUUAUGAACCGACAGAUGAUGAAUGUCGACAAUUUGAUGAAUCAUUCGAAAUUGAAGCAAAACGUUUAUUGACAGCAAGUGAACGUAUUAAUGAAUCUAUAUCACGUUUUGCUAUAUCAAAUGAUCAAUCAAAUAAUGAAUCCUAUGAUAAAUAUUUAUUAGAAAAAAUGCGACUUGAUGAUCUUCGUGAACAGUUAGAAAUUGAAAAAACAGAUUAUGAAACAAGAAAAAGACGUGCUAUCGAUGUUGAAAAUAGACCAACUGCUAUGCCAAUUAUUGAUGAAAUCUCAUCUCCUCCACCUCCUUCAACAUAUGAUUUUCUAUCUAACACCACAAAUUAUAAUCUUGGAGCAGCUAUGUCUGAAGCUGAUUAUAAUGAUUUAUUUAAUAGUGAUCCAUUACCAGAUGAAACCAUACGAUCAACAGAUGAAACACAAUUAGCAAUAAAUUCUAUUGUUGAUUGUGGUGUUAUUGAACAACAUGAAAAUCCUGUCGAUAUAUCAGAUUCAGCAAAUUUUUUCUUUGAUGAUCUUGAUAUUGACAAUCAUCAUCAAGAUAAUAAUCAACCUCAAGAUGAUGAAGCCUCACGUGCCGUCCAAAACUUGCUCGGCUUUUCUUGA